AUGUCUGGAUACCCUGUAAUAUCUUUGAAACCAAGUUACAACUCCGUGGUAAGGGGUUGUCCAGGGAUACCCGAAACGUUACCAAGAAUUGAAUGUCAAUUGCAGCUUCGAUCAAACAACGGACAACCUUUCACAAUAGAUAAAUUAGAAAUAAUGUUAUUAACUGUAGAAUCGUUACAUCAUAACAAUCAUUUAAAUCUAACAAAUUUUGUAUCAUUGCAUAAUGAUACAAAUAAUUCUACUGCUAGUAAUAAUAAUAACAUUAAUGGCAGCAAUCACAAUAAUAGCAGUAGCGGUAAUAAUGAUAAUAUCAAUAAUAUGUAUUUAGAUUCAAUAUCCCCAUUAACAACUUUUGAAUCACAAAGUAUAAAUUUCCGUAAUAGUUCAUUGAAAAAAAGGAAGGAUAAAUUAGAAUGCAUUACAAUUCAUUAUAAAAAGUCUUUCACUUUUAAGAAUGAUGGUAAAGAUAAAAAAAUUAUUGGUAUUGAUAUCCCACUGACUAUUGCAUUACCUGAUGAUAUUAAAGAAACAAACUAUAACGAUAAAUUUGGGAAUUGUUAUACAUUGUUUGACUGUAAAGCAUUCUUCAAUGGUAAUGACUUAAAAGAUUUCAAACAUUUGAUUAAUAUUGAAAGAUAUUCAUUAUUACCAUCAAAAUUACUCUUUCCUAGUUUGGAAAGAACUGUAGAUAUGUUAGAUAAUAGAUUUAAAGUUAAAUAUAAAAUUGAAAAUCCAUGUCUCAGUAAUGAUGAUUUAUUAAAAUUGAGGAUUACUUUUAAACCUAAUGUCAAAUACAUAUCUGAACAAUCUCAAAAAAAAUCAAUAUUGUUUAAUAAAAAGAUUAAAUUGAAACAUAUUACAUUUCAAUUAAAAGAAUUAUUAGAGAUUAAUGAUAAUAUAUAUAAUAACAGCAGUAAUAAUAACAAUAAAAAAAUGCCAAAUCCUAUUUCAUUUUUAUCAUCAAUAAAUAAGACUGAGAAUGUUUUACAAGUACUGACCAGAGAAGUGAACCAAGUGAUAUCAAUGAAUGAGAUCUGUUUAUCAUGUGAUCUUAGAAUCUUUACAAAGAAUAGAUUCUUUAAAAGUUUUGAAUCGACUUUUCAAGAACCUGAAUUUUUAUAUAAAUUGCCAAAAUAUGUUGAUAAGAGAUAUGGUGAUAAUGGUCAAUAUAAUAAUGAUUAUAGCAAAAUGAACUCUAACAUUAAUACUAUUUUUUUGCAAAACAAAAAUAAUAAUAUUCCAUUUCAAUAUCAUACUUCUAUCACCACACUAGGUAAUUUUUUUAAUAUUACUCAUAGACUAACCAUGAGAUUUAAAAUUAGUGGUGGCAGAGGAUUUGAGAUAAACCAAAAUUUGACUGUGACCCCUUGGUCACGCUCCAAAUUAAAAUAUAUUGAACAGUUGAUACAACAAGAGAAAGAAACUGCAUACUUUGCCCAAAAAUUUUAUGGCAAAUUUGGUAGUAUUAUAAAAAAGAAAAUAGAUAAUAAUAAUAAUAACAGUGGUAAUGGUGGUAAUAGCAAUGGCUGUACUAGUAGUACCUAUAUAUUAGAGUAUCCAUGCUUACCUUCUGUAGUAUAUUAUUAUGAUGCGCAAACUUUGAAUAAAUUUAACAUUAUUUAUGAUAAUUCAUGCGUACCACCUAAAAGAAUCCCCGUAAUACAAUAA